AUGAUAAUCGCUAUGUGCCCGGCACACCAGGGCUUUGUGUUUACGCAUGCUGCCGAGAUCCUUGAUCACAUCUGUCUGUACCAUGUGGAAUUCAUCCAGCGACUUGGGAACCUGGAGGCGCCUAACCACAUCUGGUUCUGUUACUACUGCUCCGGAGGCAACAGCUUCAACGAUCGGACCAUGUGGGAUCAUCUCUGGGAGAGCCAUCAUUUCCUUUUCGACUGCUUCAUGGUUUACAACGUCUAG